AUGGCGUCCUUCGUGAAUCGAUUGGUGAACUACGUCGUGAACGAACUCGCGGUGAACGCGCUGGCGAACUCGAAGACGUUCCAGCGAUUCGCGGUGCGGAGCGACGCGCUCAUGCGGGAGGCGACGAGCGGCGAGGCGGCGGCGCUGGCGAAGAGCGCGGCGGAACGGGCGAAGCGAGCGGCGGAGGACGCGGCGAAGGAGUUCAUGAAGCAGCGGAAGAGCGGAGGGAUGGGGGGUGGAGGGGCCUAG